GGGCAACCACAGCUCAGUGUCCAGAAUGUGUCCAGUAAUAACGUGGCCAUCAGUGGUCUCAGCCCUACCCAGAUACAGCUGCAAAUGGAACAGGCCUUGUCUGGGGAAAUUCAGCCGGGAGUGAAGAGGAGGAGGGUUGCCUGUACAUGUCCGAACUGCAAGGACGGGGAGAAGGGCAGGUGGGGACCUCCUGGCAGAAAGAGGCACGUGUGUCACAUUCCUGAGUGCGGCAGAACGUUUCGCAAGACAUCACUCUUGAGAGCCCAUGUCCGUCUUCACACAGGGGAGAGGCCAUUUGUGUGCAACUGGGGAUUCUGCACAAAGAGGUUCACCCGCAGCGACGAGCUGCAGAGGCACGCACGCACGCACACAGGU